GGCGUCACGUGAAGCGAGUCGCGGGAAACAGACAGGAAAGAGUUGAGUUUUUGCCGCGGAGCAGACACUCUGAGCAGCUUUGUCUCUGGCAAUUUACUUCCAUCGUGUUUUUAUUUGAACUUAAAACAACUAGUCCAACUUUUAGUUCGUGUCGUGUUGUUCAUCGACCUGCUUCAGUAUGUCUGGCUUUGACGACCCGGGAGUGUACUACAGUGACAGCUUCGGAGGUGGAGAGGGACACGGCGUGGAUGAGGGGGGACAGAAGAAGAGCCAGCUCAAGAAAAGGUUCCGUGAGUUCCUCCGGCAGUUCCGAGUGGGGACCGACCGCACCGGCUUCACAUUUAAAUACAGAGAUGAUCUUAAGAGACACUACACCCUGGGGGAGUACUGGAUGGAGGUGGAGAUGGAAGACCUCUCCAGCUUUGACGAGGAUCUGUCGGACUGUCUCUACAAGGUGCCCUCUGAGAACCUGCCACUGCUGGAGGAAGCUGCGAAGGAGGUGGCCGAUGAGGUGACCCGUCCCCGGCCGGCGGGGGAGGAGACUGUCCAGGACAUCCAGGUCAUGCUGAAGAGCGACGCAAAUCACGCUUCCAUUCGUGCCCUCAAGUCCGAGCAGGUGUCCCGCCUGGUGAAGGUAAAUGGCAUCAUCAUCUCGGCCACAGCAGUGAGGGCGAAGGCCACCAAGGUGUGUCUGCAGUGUCGCGGCUGUCGCUCCGUCAUCAGCAACAUUCCGCUGCCUCCGGGCCUGCAGGGUUACGCUCUGCCACGCAAGUGCAAUACUGAGACUGCUGGCAGGGUGAAGUGUCCUGUGGACCCCUACUUCAUCAUCCCAGACCGCUGUGUUUGCGUCGACUUCCAGACUCUCCGCCUGCAAGAAUCUCCAGAUGCUGUUCCUCACGGAGAGAUGCCCCGUCACAUGCAGCUCUACUGCGAUCGGUAUCUGUGUGACCUUGUGGUCCCAGGCAACAGAGUGACCAUCGUGGGUAUCUACUCCAUCAAGAAGAUGGCUGCUGUGAAGGCCAGAGGCAACGAGAAGAGUGCCGGUGUGGGCAUUCGUGCGUCCUACCUGCGGGUGGUUGGCAUCCAGGUGGACACAGAAGGAGCAGGACGCGGUGCUACUGGAUCAGUGACUCCACAAGAAGAGGAGGAGCUGAGAGCGCUGUCUGCCACUCCGAAUGUCUACGACUCUCUGGCGCGCUCCGUCGCUCCCUCCAUCUACGGCAGCGAAGAUCUGAAAAAGGCCAUCACCUGUCUGCUGUUCGGGGGCUCAAGGAAGAGGCUGCCUGAUGGUCUCACUCGUAGGGGGGACAUCAACCUGCUGAUGCUGGGAGAUCCGGGUACAGCCAAGUCUCAGCUGCUCAAGUUUGUGGAGAGAUGCUCACCUAUUGGGGUUUAUACCUCGGGUAAGGGCAGCAGUGCAGCCGGUCUGACUGCCUCUGUGUUGAGGGACCCCCACACUCGUGGGUUCAUCAUGGAGGGGGGGGCCAUGGUGCUGGCCGACGGCGGAGUCGUAUGCAUCGAUGAGUUUGAUAAGAUGAGAGAGGAUGACAGAGUGGCCAUUCAUGAAGCCAUGGAGCAACAGACCAUCUCCAUCGCCAAGGCCGGCAUCACCACCACCCUGAACUCUCGCUGCUCAGUGCUGGCCGCCGCUAACUCUGUGUUCGGCCGCUGGGACGACACAAAGGGGGAGGACAACAUCGACUUCAUGCCCACCAUCCUGUCCCGUUUUGACAUGAUCUUCAUCAUCAAAGACCAUCACGACCACCAGAGGGACAUGACUCUGGCUCGUCACGUGAUGAAUGUUCACCUCAGUGCGAGAACACAGACCGAGGGCGUCGAGGGCGAGAUUCCACUGUCCACCUUCAAGAAAUACAUCGCCUAUUCCAGAACUAAAUGCGGCCCCCGGCUCUCUGCUGCGGCUGCGGAGAAGCUGAAGAACAGAUACGUGGUGAUGAGGAGCGGCGCCAGAGAGCACGAGAGAGAGACUGACAAAAGGCCCUCCAUCCCCAUCACUGUCAGGCAGCUGGAAGCUGUGGUGCGUAUCGCAGAGUCCCUGGCUAAGAUGAAGCUGCAGGCUGUGGCCGGAGAGGAUGAGGUCGACGAGGCCCUCCGACUCUUCCAAGUCUCCACACUGGACGCUGCGAUGUCUGGCAGCCUUUCAGGAGUGGAGGGCUUCACUUCUCUGGAGGACCAGGAAAUGAUCUCGCGUGUUGAGAAGCAGCUGAAGAGACGCUUUGCUAUCGGCUCGCAGGUGUCCGAGCACAGCAUCGUCCAAGACUUCAGCAAACAGAAAUAUCCGGAGCACGCCAUCUACAAAGUCCUCCACCUGAUGCUGAGGAGGGGCGAGCUGCAGCACCGCAUGCAGAGGAAAGUGCUCUACAGAGUCAAGUAGAGCAAACUGCUCUAAUCCAUAUCCGUGUUAUUGUUGAUGUAAAUAGUUUAAAUGUGCAACUUUGCAUUUGCAAAUGGACAUCUUUAGAAUAAGGAGUCUGUCAUGGUGAGAGCCGUCACGUUUAUUCAGUUGGAUCUGGAUUGUAUGGCAGCAGCUGUCUGGUUACAUGUAUCAGAGUGUAUACUAAAGCACUGAAGAAUGUCACCGUCACACAAAAGAUGUUAUCAAGUUUCUGCAUGAUGUGUAAAGAAUUAAAGUAUUUGAAAUCAUA